AGUCAAUGAGCACCAGACAUCACCCCUCUCGCUCGCAAAAUGUCUUUCGCUUCGCCGUUACGACAGUCCCCGUCGCGUGCAAUUGAGGCAUGGAGGUGCUCGGCUUGCACGCGCUCGCUCACUGGUCUUCCCCGCGCCCGCAAUCCGGCGUUUUCAAUACCUCGACGAUGCUUGAAUACCACGAAAGAGCUGCGGCAGAGCACUGUGCCAAGGAUGGACCAGAUGCAUGCGAGAUACAAGGAGAAGAACCGGACAGUCAUGAAUUAUGUCUUUAGCGUCAUAGUGGGCUUUGUAGCUAUCACAUAUGGCUCAGUGCCCAUGUAUAAGAUGAUCUGCCAGCAAACCGGAUGGGGUGGACAGCCCAUCAAAUCCGCAGCGCACGGCGGCGACUCAGAUCGUGACCCGUCGGAACGCCUAAAGCCUGUCGAAUCGCAUCCUCGAAUCCGCAUAACAUUCAAUGGCUCUGUUUCAGACGUCCUACCAUGGAAAUUCACCCCACAGCAACGCGAGGUGCGCGUUCUCCCCGGCGAAACCGCUCUUGCCUUCUACACCGCGACCAACAAGUCAGACGAAGACAUCAUUGGAGUCGCAACAUACUCGGUGACGCCGGGACAGGUUGCGCCUUACUUUAGCAAGAUCCAGUGCUUCUGCUUCGAAGAGCAGCGGCUGAAUGCUGGCGAAACGGUGGACAUGCCUGUGUUUUUCUACAUCGAUCCCGAGUUCGUGUCGGACAUCAAUAUGAAGGGUAUUGAGACGGUUACGCUGAGUUACACAUUCUUUAAGGCUAAGUACGACAAAGAUGGUCACUUGACGCCUGUAGCCGGAUGAUAGACUUGAAAUUGCUCAUUCGCAUAAUCAGUGUAUUUGUACUCUAUGUACGAGGGUGUUGUUACUACGCAUAGUAAUUGUAUAGUACCAGACAUAUCGAAUGUCCAGACAAGCUGGAUACUGAACCG